CCUCUGUCGGCCACGUCUUGAGGGGCCCAUCCUCUUGAAGAAGCUCCGAAAAGCCCGCCCGUGCGAUUUGGGCCCCAGAACAAGGCAAUGUUGACUUAGCCCCAGCUCCCACCUCGUCACAUCCCCACCCCCACCACACCCGCACCCGCCCGCGAUCCUCGACUCCCAUGGUGUCUAUUCCUGCAACCCCCCACAUUGCCCACGAUGCCUGGUUUCCGUCGUUGGGGAAAGUCCAAGUUCCAGAAGAACCCAGAUUCGUCGUUCAAACUCCUCGCCGCUGUCCUUGUCAUAACCCUGUACCUUAUUAUAAAAGAGUUCUCGCACCCGACAGUCCGCGUCGCCACGAAACCAGUCACGUCUGGCGCACAAAUUCAGUUUUCAAAAUGGCAGAAUGGGACCGACAAGGCCGAUUCGGCGAAGGCGGACCAGAUCCGCGCUGCGAUGAAAUACACCUUCUGGAGGUAUCGGGAGAAUGCGUGGGGAUACGAUGAUAUCAUGCCAGUAUCUGGUGGAAACCUGACGACUCGCAAUGGAUGGGGAGCCUUUAUCGUAGACUCUGCGACAACACUGGCGCUCAUGGGCUUGUGGGACGAAUUGGCGCUUUCUGUGGACCACAUCCUCAAGGUCGACUUUACCAUGGCAAAUGGCCCUGUGGACCCUUUUGAGACGACUAUUCGGUAUCUGGGAGGCUUGGUGUCGUUGGUGGAUCUUUCCGAUGCUGGUAUUAUCCCUCAAAACAUCAUCAAUCUGGAUGCCCGCGACGCAAUCCUUAAACAGGCCGUCUCGCUUGCGGCUGCUCUCGGUCCCGCAUAUGACACGCCAACCGGCAUGCCGUGGCCUCGCGUCAACUUCACAACGCACGAGGGCGGUCCGGAUCCCCCAGAAGUGUAUUUGGAGAGUCCAGACAAGCCACACUCCAAGAAUCCCGUCAUCGGGCCGGCACGGACGGGCUCCUCUAUCCUGGAAACUCGAACAUUGACUCGUUUGACCGGCGACCCUAUAUAUGCCGCGAACUCGACUAAGGCAUGGGCACCGCUUGUAUGGAGCAAGUGGAUCACGCCGUGGGAGGGAAUGGUCGAUGCUCCCAUCGACAUCUUACACACAGAGCCGAUAGGCCGGCAGCGCCAUUGGGACGGCGGGCAUGAUUCCUAUUAUGAGUAUUUGGUUAAAAUUACAUUGCUCGCUCCACCUUGGGAUCCAUACAUGAAUGACUACAAAAGACGAUUUAUCCACGCCGCUUACUCUCUCCGGAACUAUCUAGCCACUCGUUCCGCACCUUCGCCAUAUCAUAAAAUGCAACACCUUUUCAUCGGCCGUCAAGACGCCCAGUGGUAUCUCAACAAGCAAGGCCACCUUGCUUGCUUCGCCCCAGGGACUAUCCUCCUUGGUUCUAAGUUUUACGAUCAGAAACACCUUCGAACCUUUGCACUUGCCCUCCUUGAAGGAUGUCAUCAUACGUACACCUCUACCCCUUCCAAGAUCGGGCCAGAAGCAUGGUCAUGGGUACCAAAAUUUGGAUACGAUGACCCUGUCUAUACCCCUGAAACCACCCGACAGAAAAGUGAGUGGUCAACAUCCGGGUUCUGGUCAACGAACGCACAGUACCGAGGCCGACCAGAGUAUGUUGAAUCACUCUUCUACGCAUGGCGCAUCAUGGGCGAUCUCCGAUACCGCGAGUGGGCAUGGGAGGCUUGGCAAGCCAUGGAUACGUACUGCAAAGCUCCGUACGGCUAUGCCCAGUUAAAAGACGUUUAUAGACCCAGAGCCGAAGAAUGGCCCGGAGAUGGCACAGCUAGAUGGACUGAUAUGCAAGAGAGCUUUUGGGCUGCAGAAACACUGAAGUACCUAUACUUAACGUUCAGCGACGCCGAUGUUGCGAGCUUGGAUCGCUGGGUUUUUAGCACGGAGGGACAUGUGUUUAGGAUGAUCCGGUGAGGAGUUGGGAUGAUACGUUAAAGGGGUUUAUGCAUUGCACGGCCUGGCAGGCAUUUUGGAUGGUGCCGUCACGACAUGGAAGGGAGUACUGGUUGGUGUUAGGGCGCAUGAUACCCUGCUAUCCUUAUUCAUCCGAAAAUACUAGUUAUAGAGGGCUUUAUUUGAAGUAUGAUGGGAUUCUAGCGUACACUGCAUGACUCGAUUCAUCGAUCGAGGGCAAUUUUUCAUCCUAAGCACCCAUUUAUCUAUUCCUUCUUAGGUACUCAUGAAAGUAGUCCCUUUAAG